AUGCAGCGGGCCAGCGUGGAGCGCGAGAAGGAGCACGAUGUCUAUGUGGACGAUGUGACGGUGCUCAAGGCCGACAUCGGAGCCAUCAGUGAGGCGCUCCCUGUGCUGGAAGAGGCGACGGCUGGCGCCUUCGUGCAGACGGGCAGCGACGCCCGGCGCCUGGGUCUCUCGAAGAAGCAGGUGGAUCGGCUCCAGCAGGUGGUCUCCAAGAGCAAGAGCGCCACUGAGAGUGAGCGCCAGGCCAUGGCCUCCUUCUUGGCGACUGGCAAGACGGAGGGCAUUGGUGAAAUCAAGGGAAUGCUGGAAGUGCAAAAGGAGGACCUUCAAAAGGAGGUGGUCGUGGAUGAUAAGGAGGAAGAGAAGGAGGUCAACAUCUUCGAGGAACUCAUGAAUGCAAAGACAGAGGAGAAAGAGACCAUUGAGGAGACCUUGGCCCAGAAGAUCGAUCGACUUGGAGCCCUGAAGGUGUCCUUGGUGGAGAAGAAGGGUGAGCUCAAGGACGCCCAGAAUGCCUUGUCCAAGGACUUCGACGUCCUGAAGAAGCUCUCCGAGACCUGUGAGGCGAAGACCAAGGAGUGGAGCUUUCGCGAGAAGAGCCGUGGCGAGGAACUGAUCGCGAUUGGCGAGACUGUGAAGAUCCUCAACAGCGAUGACAACUUGGGCCUCUUCAAGAAAGCCUUGCCCAGCCCCAGUCUGUUGCAACUGGGAGGAUCGAGGCACAAGGCCUUGGGUGUGCUGAAGGGCUAUGCCUCCUCUUUGGGCUCCAAGGCAGUGGGGAACCGCACCAAUGUGGACCUAGUGAUGCUGGCUUUGUCGAACAAGGGUGUCGACUUCUCUUCUGUGAUGAGCAUGAUUGACAACAUGACGGUGCUCAUGGAGCAGGAGCAGAAGAAUGACGACGAGAAGAAGGCCUACUGCAACAAGCAGACCUUCGAGACGAAGCGGAAGACCAAGGCGUUGCGUCACAAGAUCCAGACCUUGGAGCAGGCGGUCCUGAUCCAAGAGGAGGCCAUUGCCAGCACUUCGAGUGAGAUCGAAGAGCUCCAGAAAGGCGUGACCAAGUUGGACAAAUCAGUGGUUGAAUCUACUGAGAUGAGAAAAAAAGGAGCACGAGGAGUUUCAGAAGGUCAUGCAAGAGCAGGCUGCAACCAAGGACGUGCUCUUGAUGGCCAAAGAUCGCUUAUUCCAGUUCUAUCAUCCCGACAUGACUACCACCUUAACCACCACUGGGCCCUAUGA